AUGGAAUUCACAGUGCAAAGAAGCAUUCUAGGAGUUCAAAAGGUUCUUAAGUCAACCUCCAAUUUGACCCGACCAAUAGUUGGGAAAGAGCUCGUCCUGUAUUUGUCCGUAGUGGACAAAGCUGUAGCAUCAGCUCUAAUACGGGAAGAUGAGGUCGAGCAGCAUCCUAUAUAUUUCACCAGUAAAGUUCUACAAGGUCCUGAGCUAAGGUACCAAAAACUGGAGAAGUUUGCGUACUCCUUAGUAGUAGCCUCACAUAGGCUACGGCCUUACUUUCAAGCUCGCACCAUAAAGGUUCGAACGAACCAACCCAUGAAGCAAAUCCUUCAAAAGAAAGAUAUUGCAAGAAGAAUGGUUCAAUGGGCAAUAGAGCUCUCCAAGUUUGACCUAAAAUACAAAACCCGGAUGGCGAUUAAAUCCCAAUGCCUCACCGACUUCAUAGCGGAAUAUGCAGGAGACAAAGAGGAAGAAUCCACUACAUGGGAACUAUACAUAGAUGGAUUCUCAAACAAAAUGGGAAGUGGUGCAAGUAUAAUACUGGUCAAUAAAGAGGGAACACAAAUAGAGAUUUUCCUCAAAUUUGAAUUCUCGGCUUCCAACAAUCAGGCAGAAUAUGAAGCCUUGAUCGCAGGAUUAAAACUAGCGGAGGAAGUCGGUGUGACAAAAGUAAUGAUAUUCAGUGACUCUCAGGUGGUGACCUCCCAGAUAAACGAAGAGUAUCAGGCCAAAGAUCCCAAUAUGAAAAGGUACUUGGAGAAAACCUUGGAAUAUCUUAGGCGUUUUGCAGAAACUGAAAUCAAGCAUAUAACUCGGGACCUCAACAGCAGAGCGGACUCCCUCUCCAAGCUAGCAAGUACCAAGCCAGGAGGGAAUAAUAAAAGCCUGAUCCAGAAAACUCUCCAAGAGCCCUCUGUAGUAAAAAUAGAGGCCAAACAAGAUGUCCUUGAAAUCUCUGGAUCAGACCUCGAAUGGAUGAACCCUUUAGUCGAAUACCUAAAAUUCGACAUCCUGCCCAAAGAGGAAAAAGAGGCUAAAAAGAUCCAAAGGGAAGAACAAAGCUACACCCUGGUAAAAAAUAUUCUCUAUAAAAGGGGAAUAUCAACACCACUAUUAAAGUGCGUCCCGACCUCAAGGACAGCUGUAGUCUUAGAAGAGGUCCACAAUGGUAUCUGCGGAAACCAUCUCGGAGACAGGUCGCUAGCCAGAAAAGUUAUCCGAGCUGGGUUCUACUGGCCGAUUUUGCAAAAAGAUACUACAGAAUUCAUGAAGAAGUGCCAGCCAUGCCAAAUGCAUGCAAACUUCCACGUUGCUCCCCCUGAGGAGCUAAUCAGUAUAACUUCUCCAUGGCUAUUCACAAAAUGGGGAUUGGACUUGCUAGGACCAUUUCCCCAAGCGCCUGGGCAAGUAAAAUACCUAAUAGUGAGAGUAGACUACUUCACGAAGUGGAUAGAAGCAGAACCAUUGGCCACCAUCACCGCUCAGAGAAGUCGAAAGUUCCCCUACAAGAACAUUAUCACAAGGUAUGGAGUACCUCACUCCAUCACCACAGAUAAUGGCACCCAGUUCACCGAUUCGAUCUUCAGGAACCUGGUAGCCAACAUGAAGAUCAAGCAUCAAUUCACCUCGGUAGAACACCCAUAA